UCUAAGAUUUAAAAACUAAUACUCUUAUUGAACUUUUCCAGAAUAUAUCAACAGUCAAUGUCUGUAUCUUAGGAAGAACAAAUAAUUCAGCAGACUGCCUGUGCCAUCUGUAUGGAAUGCCAUGACUAUAAAUUGAGUUUCACUUCAUGACAAAUUAAGGGGAAAUGUAUUGCAUAAUCUUUCCUAAUUUUAUAUGGCUGCUGAAUCCCUGAGAAAAACCUGAUUUUUUUCAAGUAAAAAAUUAAAACUACUUUUUCUUCCUAAAAGAAAAAAAAAUAGACUGAAAAGAUCUCAAGGAAUUUUUCACUUGUUUAUUGCUAGAAUAGCAAACUAAUAAUGCAGCACUUUCUUAUAAGAAACUUGUUUAAGACUAUAACUUUUGGCUGGGUAUCUAAAGAUAUGGAAGACACAAAAUGGUAAUUGUAAAGCUUUUGGCUUUUGUUAUCUUGUGUCACUAUUAUCUUCUUUGAAAUCUAUGGUAGACUCCAGGACAGUUUUGAAGGAUUUAUCAAGUCUUCAUUAAACACAUUAUGGUUGUCCAGAUUUCUGUUUCUAUGUUUUAUGCAUUCUUCCCUUUCCACCUUUAAAAGAAUUUUGAUUAUAGACACUCCCAAAUGUUUCUUUCCUCCCUAGAACUGUUUUCCUGCAAUCCUGGUAUUUUUUCUGAAAUUGUUGUUUGUUCUCUUUUUUUCAUAUAACUAUCACUUAAUCCUUUAUUCCCCCUUACUGAGCCUGUGUAUAAAUUGGUUCAUAUUCCUCAGAUUCUUGAUUAGCUGCUGGAAUUCUUCAGUCUUAUAUGCUCAAGAAUUAUAGUCUUCUAUAGUUUCUCUGCCUCAGAAAAGAUCCUGUCAGCUUCAAAAAAUGCUGUCAUUGCUUGUCCAAGAAUGAAUUAAUUGGGUUUUGCUGCAUUUUUUUUGCCACAAGCAAUUUACACCUGUGCUGAUGACAGAUUUUCACUUUGGUGUUUUCUCUGUUGUACAGAGCAUAAAUCAGUGUAGAGCUAACAAUUCCUACCUUUUAUUGUGCAUAAACUUACUUAAUUUUCUCUUCCCAUGGCAGAAAGUUGGCUUUUCUGAAGAGCUGAUUACUGUUAAAAAUGAAGAAAGAAAUGGUCAAGAAGCAUGUGAGACUGUUAAAGAAGUGGAGCAAAAGCAGCAGAUGGCACCAGGUGAAUUGCUUGCAAAUUCAGAAAGCAUUGGUGAGAAGAGAAGCAAUGCUCUGUCUCCUACAGGCACUAAACAAUUCGAGGAGAGGAAUAUAUUGGCUGAUAUUUCAGUUCUCUGUCCAGCUGGUGAGGAUCUUGUUUCACAGGAUACAGAGCUGUCAUCCUCAGCCAAGGAGGAUAGUUUACAGACUGAAUUCCUGGCAGAAGAAACACCCUCUGGAGAUGAAUAUGAGUGUAUAUCACCUGAUGAUAUAUCUUUGCCACCGCUUUCUGAGACACCAGAAUCCAACCUCUUACAUUCUGAAACAGAGCUAGAAGAGCAGUUCUGCUGUAGUUCUCAUAGCCUGCAUGUCAGUUCCUAUAGCUUGCAAAUGCAGAAAACCACUAGAACGGUAAAACUGAUGGAAGCACCUGACCUCUUAACAAAUUCUGCUUUUGCUGAUGCUACAAAUAAUAGAAUGGAAAGCCCAUCAGAUCACUUUCAAAAGUUUUUUACGGAUUCUGGUCCCAAAGUCAGAGCAGAAUCUCCUUUGACUUGUAGCUCACAAGGAAUAUCUGAAACUAGCACUGCUUCCUGCCCUAUAGAAGCCAAACCAGUAGCUAGCAUGAUGAGUGAAACAUGCAAAGCACAUUUACAACACCUUAAACUCCAUAAAAGCAUGGCAGAAACACAAGAAAAAUUGCAUGCCUUGAAUAACUGUACUAAACCCCCGGACAGGCUGCAUGCUCUGCCUGAUGCAUUCUCAGGUUUCGUGUUUCAACCAGACACCACCAGAAGCUGUCAGAGGCAGAUGGUUACCCGAGAAGAGAUUAAAAGUUCUUCAGAAAAGAACAGCAUGGCCAGCCUAACUGGACAGGCUCCUAACUUCUCCCAGCUUCUGUCUAACAAAACCGUCAUGGAAGGUUCUCCAGUAACUUUGGAAGUAGAAGUAACGGGAUUCCCAGAGCCUACACUGACAUGGUACAAGAAGGGCCAGAAACUGACUGCAGAUGAGCACUUAAAGCUUUUACAGAAGGAGACAAAGCAUACUUUGUUCAUUCAGAAGGUGUGUGAUAAAGAUGCUGGCCUCUAUGUUGCUCGGGCUAAAAAUUUGAACGGCACUACCUCCUCAAGUGCCAUUCUUCACGUGCAAGGUAACAGGCCACCUAUUGCAAGAAUUGACUGGAUAGUGCUGUGUGUCAUCUAUAUCAGUGUAUCACUAAUGUACUGGCUAUUCACAAAAUAAGUACAAUAUUGACUGCACCCGACUUAAUUGUCACAUGUUGAAUUUAUUUUCUCACACUGCGUUUUCACAAUAUGUUCCAAACCACUUUUUAUGGCAAAAUGGAUAUAUGGCUUGUUUCUUUAUUGCCAGCAUUCUGUGUUUAUUCUGCUUUCUCAUAGUGAUCUUGAGAUAAAAAGUUUAUGAAGAUUUUUCUAGAAUCUGAGGCUGAGGUUUGCUUUCUUAAAUAUAUAGGCAUUCCAAAGCAUGGGAAACAGUUUUAAUGGUUGUAGGUUUUAGCCAGGUAGAGUGCUCAGAUUGCUGUAUAUUUUGGGAUAUGUCUUCUCUCGGGAUGGGAUGUGAAAGGCGUUGGAAUUUUUUUUAAACAUAGAAUGCAUUUUUUCCACCCACCUGUUUGCUUGUAGCUUACAAAAAUAUUUUUAGGACAAAGCUUUUUAGUAAAGGUAUCAUACCAUUCAUGAUUGAACUAACAUAGAUCAGAUUUAAAUCUGUCUCAGCCCAGCAUACAGUCUCCACAAAGGAAAGCUGCAGUAGUUCAGUAAAGGUGGGAUUGUGCUACAGAACUGACCCAGAGCCAUCAGGAUUUGUGUAAGUGGCAUCUAGCACACAAUAGAACAAAUGUUUACAAAAUGAAACAUUCCAACAUUCCAUGCUGCUUAAAUUGAUGUCUGUGAUACUUUCUCUGCCUUCUUACAAAGUUAAAGAUACAAAUAUUUCUAAUUAUCCCCUAAAUUGUUCAUAUAAGACAAGAAAGUUAAUAAUUAAUGAAGCGAGCAUUUGCGCUCAUUUAAAAUUUUCAAGACACUGAUUUCAAACAGGAUCAACCAAAUUGGGGAAGUAUCCAAAAGUGUAUUCAAAUUAAAAAAAAAAAAAACAAAACAGAAAAGUCAGUCAAACAGAAUUAUCAUUUAUCUUCAAAACAGUAAAUCCAAACCAAUACUUUGUUCACCUACAGUUUGUAUUUCCUUCUUGGCAAGGACAACCACAAAUGUAUUUUUUAAUUAAAGUUCUGAUAUGUUUAACUAUUACAUAACAGUGAUCUAAUUGUGCCAGUGGAAGACUCAACUUAUAAAUCCUCAAAUAUAACUUCAUUCUUUAGCCUCAGUAUUUGUUGUAUUUAUGCAGUAAAAAGAGUUGAUAAACAGCUGCAUUAUUUUCCCUGCAUUUUUUGAUCACCAGCUCCCGUGUUACAAUUGCAUUGCUGUGGGAAAGGUUUAAAGAGGAAAUAUUUGCCUUCUCCUGCAUAAUUUGCUGGAAUGAAGUAAACCCUUUACCGUGUAGCCUGCUAUGAAAAGAAUAGAUAUUGUAUUUGCUGAGGGUCAGAUAUUUUGGCCUAGUGACUGCAACGUUUAAAAAAUUCCUGUAACUUUGAAAAAGGAGAAGUUCUCAUGAUAUAACCUCCCAGCAAUGAGAGGGAGCAGGAGGAGGAAGUGGUGAACAGGUGGGGGAGCACAGUAAGUUCACACUAACUUGGUAUUACCCUUAAUGAACCACUUUCUGAGUUCAGUCAUCUCCCAAAAAUGUAGAUUCACAGGAAUUUUCUCAGGUAUAAAUUUCACCUGUUUUCCUGCAGUGUAUUUUCCAUUUUAUAAUAAAGGUAAUUUAGAUCUUAAUAAAUCAUUGUAUAAGUAUAUAAUAUCUUUGUCUGUUCAUUUGUUAAAAAUUUCCUCUGGGAAUUUGACUGUUUCUGUGAAUUUUAGGUAAACAAAAGUUGAUUUUGUGAGUGUGUUAUUGCUUCUAUUUUCAAUCAGGAAUAGCUUUAAAUGCACCGUUUUUAAUGGGUGGAUAUCAGCCACAAUUUUAAUUGCUGCAAGAAACAAGAUUUCAAAGAGAGUGAUUAGAGAUACUGGAUUCACAGCAGGACUCUGAAAAUCUCAUGGUUUUAAUGUUCUGCUUUGUAAACAAAGACAUAAUCAACACUGGUUACUGCUGUGCUGGCAGUCUGGAUUUAAAUACCCUUUAUUUAAGGACUCAAAUGAGUCCUUAAAAAAAAUUACUGGAAAAUUCCAGCUGUGUUCUGGUUAGAUAAUCUAAAAAAAAAAAAAGGAAAAAAAGAAAGGAGUGACAAUGAUUCAGUCUCAUUAUGCAGUAGUAUUUCUUUGAAGGAAAAAAACACUCCUGUUGCAGCAAUAAUCUUAAGAUUAGGGUGCUUCCCACCCUCACUGGUUUUUUAAAUUGUUUAUACUAUGCAUGCUUUACCUCUUCCUUCUUUUAACCAUACUGUAGAGCAGGGAAUAAGGUUCUGAACCAGAAUAUGGUUCUGGUUCUUUCUUGGUUCACAGCUCUGAUUUCCCUUCAUUGCAGUCACAGUUUUGAGCCUAUAGUUAUCUCAGGAUCCCAAAAUGUUUACAUCUUCCCAAUGGCUCCCUUAUAGAGAAGAUUUAAGCCUCAGUCCCACCAUCCUCAGAAGACAUUAGGCACAUACCUAACCUACACUCCCUUCCUCCUUCCCCAAAUGAAGACACCCUUUAAGAAAAUGGUGAAAGGUAUUGCCUGACUACAGGACCUGGAGUUGUGUGAAGGGGUGUUUACACAAGGUGCCUAAAUUUGGAGGGGGAAAGGAAUUAAUUAUUUUAAUUUUUCAAGAGAAGCAGCCUGUCUGAGGUCGCAGGUUUGAGUCAGUAGGCAGAGGGAGGAUGAGUCAUUACCCACAUUGGAUCAGAUGUGGCUGGAGCUGCCAUGGAGAAGGUGAGUUCCUCUCAAAUGACUGGUAAGCUAUGCUUAACUCUGCACCUUUCUCUGGAGACUUUUCUUGGGCAAAGGAGUCAUUUUUGUCUGUGUAUUAUUGCUGCGGUCUAGAGGAGCUGUGUCUUGAAAAAUUACUGCCAAGACUUUAAAGAGGCUACCCAUGGUAUUCAAGGAGCUCUGGGAUUAUGGAUAUUUCAGAUCAAUUGGGUCACGAGACCUGCUUAAUAUUCCUAAUGAAGGAACCCUUCUGUUUGUGUUAGGAGCUUGACUGAGACAAAAUCUCAAAACAAUAAAGUGCACUGUUGAUUUAGAUAAUGGUGAGCAAAUCCAAAGUCUCUAAGCAGCAUGGAGGGAAUCUGCCUAGCUUAAAUUCAUAGAUAAGACAGGGGAAGUUCAUAAAAUUGCUAAUAUCACAUUUCAAGACACCAGAGACUGGAAAUUACAUGCCUAGAGUAAAUAGAUUGAGAAUAACUGUGAAGCAAUUUAAUUUAAAAACUGGCUGAUAAAACCAAUUUGGCUUGACCUGCACACCUGUGUGUGAGAGAGACUUCAGGCAGGGCUGAAGGCUGUGUGAUAGACAGACCAAGGUGCACAUUUCUCCUGCAGUUUUUGCAUUGCUCCAGGUUGAUGAUUUUUCAGUGCUUAUUCACCAGUUUGCAGCAUAACUCUACUGGUUCCUACAGAUAACUCACUGAAUAUUUAAUAGUUGACAAAAUUAUUGUCUGAAGCUCUAAGAGUGAUAUUUCAGUACCACUGGCUGCCUGGUUAUUUUUUCCCACAGUGGAGGAACGGAUCUGAUCUUUCAAACCUUUGUGAAUGUGGACAUUAUGGGAUGUCCAGCCAAGAAAUAAUUUGCAGUUAACAAAUUGUCUUCUGAGUUUUUGUUAUGAUAUCAUGGGAAAAGUUCUUCUGCCUUACUGAUAUAAAGUCAAGAUGUGGUCCAAUCAUUAUUGCUGUCACCUUUCCACUAAGCUUUUUUUUUUUUUUAAAUGGUAAAAAUCAUUCUGGUAUGAGAUGCAACAUGACUACGACUAGGGGGACUACAGGUAAUCUGAACUGCACAAGUAAUGGAAUCCAGCCAAAAUUAUCCCAAGGAGUGGUUGAAGCCCACCUAAUGUUUUCUGCAGGAAUACAAGCUAAUCAUGUUCUAUUUGUGACCUAUUGCUAACUGCCUGCAAAGAGUAGGCGAGGGUGUGAACUUGGUUCUCUUGCUUCAAGUGUAGCUGGAGAUCUCAAAUUUCUGGGCUUCAGGUGCAUGCAAUGCAAUGUGGGUGGCAGCUUGCACAUGCUGACCUCCAACACCUGAGAACUGAGUUGUUUGAGCUGCUCUGGCUGGCUAAGACAGAGGUCACACAAGGUUAGCACAAAUAUGGGAGAGUAAAACUUACAUUCUUCUGCUUUGCAUUGGUGCCUCAGUCCUGCAGUACCUAGGAAAAAUAGAGAAGCAGCUAAGCUUGAAAGCUUAUUGCAACUAAGAACUCACCUAAGAAGUGAAUUUAUCAAUACAUUGGUCAAAUCAUCUGCCUUGUGAUGCCAGCAGGCCCACAAUUGGCAAUAGAAGCCUUUGGUUCAGUAUAUUUGGGUUUAGAAGUUGAUAGGCACCUGUGUGAGAUAAGCUGAUUUUAUUUCUUAAUAGCAUAAAGAAAAGAUUUUUGUCCUUAAACAGUAGAGUAAAUGUGGCAUGGCUGUUCCAAACUGUCAUUUACCACACAUUUCAGUGAUAACUUUGGUCAAAUAUUUUGGAAAUGUGGUACAAUUUAUAUUAAAGAGGAAGAAGGACACAUUCAUUAUGUGAUAGAGAUGCAAAAAGAUAAUUUUUGUUGUAGGAUGUCUUUGUGUGUUCUUCUCGUGGUAACAUCUGCUUUAUAUUGCCUGUGUCAAGAGUACUUAGUUCUGAGCUUGUCUUCUCCUUUUACUGUAACCUCAUAGGUGCAAUAUUAGUGGAACCUCAGGUGGUAUACAAUGAUUCAAUAAAUCCAGCUUUACAGCUCAUUAAGUUACAACUCACAGAAAGCAAUGCUUUUAUGCAGUGCAAACUGAUGCUGAUGAUCAAAAUUCCUUCAAUUUUGAUGGGUUAAUUUGUAUUGAUCAGUCCUUGUAGUGGUUCAGGUGUCAUCUGUCCUUCCUCAGCUGGCAUGAAGUUAGCACAAAAUCAAUCUCAUGUGCUUUGGGUAUUGCAAUAGAAAAGCAAUUACUUGCCCAUCCUUCAUCUGAACCAAAUUUGUACUGGAUGAUGUGGUAGCACAUGGUUUCAGUAUUAAUGAUGGCCAAAAUAAUGAUGUGAUCAAAGUAGCAGAGAGGCAUUGUUCUGCUCUUCAUUAGUUACAAAUAUCAAUUUAAAAAAUAUUUUCAAUAGCAUUUUUUAAAACUAAAAUAAUGGGGGGGGGGAAGUGAUGAAAGUGUGAUGUACAACAAUGCACUAAAUUACAAAAUUUGCUCUCAUGACUUUGUCACUUUAAAUUUGUGUGGAAUAAUUAAUCUUCUGCCUUCACUGAAACAAUAAUUCACACAGACUUGCCUAAUAUCAUGCCAAACAACAUUAGGCACAUACCUAACCUACACUCCCUUCCUCCUUCUCCAUAUGAAGACACCCUUAAAGUGAUAAAGUGAUUCUUUAUCACUUCCAUGGAACUAAUACCAUAUGCUGAUGCAUGAAAUUCUUGGGUGCUUAAUAUCCAUGUUUUUUAACAAAUGCUAUAUUAGAUAGAUAAAUGAUACAUGCCAAUUGUCUUGCAAACAAGUUAACCUGAGUUCCAGGCAUCAGUAAAGGCUCUCUCUGGCUUUCAAAAUGAUAAAUUUAACUAGAACAGAUUAUUUUCUUCAGUUGCUUUAGUUGUGUCUUUUAAAACAGAGUGAAUAUUGAU